GCUAGUUGACAGUUUACAUGCUUCUAUCGAUAGCCGUUGAUUCGUGGGUACACAACAAACUCAACAAGGCGUCGCCAUUAACAUACAUUCCCACACCUUUGCCAGUUUCAAGGAUCAAACUCCACAUUUAGCGACACCUACAUCAUUCGGCUCAUAGAUGUACGACAACGGCUUAAUCGAACAAGGAGGAUGUACAAGGCCUUGGAAUGAAACAAGACACCGUAUGCGGCCAGCGGCCUACCAUUCCCAACAACCAAUUGACCAAAAACCAGGUUGGGAAUUAGAAUGGCCUUCGCUACCAGAGAAAUUGAGGAGAAGUGACAACUUGCUGGGAAAAGGAGCGCAUGAUGGAGCACACCGACCGCUAUCCCUUGUAUUCCUCAAUGCUUUCCUCACGGGGACAAGGGGGUUACUGCAUGGUGAGACCGCAAGAGGAAGGAUAUCUUAUUCGACCUGUUCCAAGUCGAACCGUCGUCGCCGCCGCCGCCGCUUCGAGCAAAGUCCUUGAACCCCUCUGACACAGACGUCUUGCGCAGUUCUUCCAGGACGAGCGACCACAUGCACAAAGAAAACAAAAGGGACAUGUGCUCGCCAAGAUGACUUCCC